CGCUGGAAACGAAGUGGCGACGUUGAAUGGGAAGCAAACACUGAACUAGCACAUGGGCCAAAGUAUCGACGUCCUUGGAACUUGCGAUGGUGCCAAAGGAACAGAUGAGCCUCCAAAAGGCAAUGAGCCUCGUCAAGCAGGUUCUGGAACGAUUUGGGAAGAAGAUGUGGUGGUAGUGUGUUCUGCCUUGGAGGAAAGUGUGACGAGUGUCGUGGCCUCCGCAAAUCGUGGCGGUGCACGGAUCAGUGAUGAGGUAUUGCUCAACCACGAGCUUUUACAGUAUUCUCGCCAGGGUAAUCUACGUGGCGUCAGUGAAGCCUUGGAGAAGGGUGCAUGGACAGAAACAAGACGACCUUUGGUCAUGAAGCCUCAAAAGCCAGAGCCAGGCAAAAAGAGCUCCCAAGAUGACCCUGCCAAUGUUGGCAUGACCCCAAUCAUGUUUUCUGCGCAGAAGGGUUCUUUGGACUGCGUCCGGCGGCUACUUCAAGCUCGGGCAGACAUCAAUGCAGUGGAAGAAGAUGGUUGGAGCGCACUUCACUUUGCUUCCAAAGAAGGUCAUGUGCAGGUUUGCCAGUCCCUUCUGGAAAGCAAAGCAGAUCCAGAGCUGAGAAACAUUGAUGACAAGACUCCAAUGGAUGUGGCAGACGAGGAUUCUUCCUUCAAAAAGACCUUUCUGGAUAUGACUUCCCAGAGGAACAAAGAUAAACCUUGACGGACAUGAUGACUGCUCUUUGAAAGGCUUCCUUCAUUUUGCAGAAUUUAGACACUCAGUGCAUGAAUGAAGUCCCUUUAAAGGAUUAGACAGGUCUUGUGACCAGUUCCUCCAGAACCGACCUUCAUGGAUUUGGCUUCUGAGAGGUGUGGCUUUAGUCGCUGCCAAUGUUCGGGCAGAAUGCUGUCCGCACAGUCCUAGCAAUCCGACUUGUGAAACGCACAAGAAGGGUUCAAAAAUGUUCAAAAGAGAUUGAAGAAUCGAAGACCUUGUCGCCCUGC